AUGACUCUCGCUGACCUUCAACGGCAAGAUUUCACGACGGCCAAGAAGCAAGAACUGCCUUUACGAGAGGCAUCAAUGAUUCACCUCUAUUUAUGGAGAAAAGCCAUGCUUCAUUAUUACCCUCAUAAGUCUACCUACAGACAGAUUAUGAUACGGUCAUAUUCGUGGCCCGCCAGCUACUGGAAGCCACAUUUCAACCCUCACAGAAAAGCCUGGCCUGCAAGUCCUUCCACCUCAACCUACCAGAUAUUUGACUCCCCAGGCGGCUCCCUCACCAUCUCCUCACCUUCCCACCUCUAUCCGCCCACCCCCACACCACCUACAUUCUAA